AGAUAGGCACUCUCUCUGGCUCUACCAUCUGUAUCUUUUCAUGAACAGCUGAUACGCGAGUAGCUAUCGCGCAUAUGUAACACUUACUUGAAGUAUCUGGCAUUUCGGGUGACUUCAAAGUUCAAGCAAUACUGGAGCAGCCAUUGGAGCACCCUCGACCCGGCGUGGUACGGCGCGAGCGUGGUCUGUCUUAAUGCUUGGGCUUAGCUUAUAAAACUAGUUGAAGCUAUGCAGAUCGCGUUUAGUCAGUUUUCGCACGCUAUAUGGUACUACCGCGAAUGAAAUUCGGUGACUGUUAGCGGGCAUAUGUGAUAGGAAUUUUUUAAAUAGUGUUUAAGUGUUUAAAUAAUAAGUUUUUGGUUUUGGUAUUUUGUUCGAUAAUAGACUGUGAAUUGCUUCGACGGUAAUUAGAGUAAAGAAAGUGAAAAACCAAAGAAAUAAAUUAUAAAUGAAUUUCGAGUAAAAUAAAGACGAGUUUUUAGUGCAUAUCUACAAUCGUUAAAAACCUUGAUUUUGUUAAAAAGUGAUUGUGGUUGGAUAGAUAUUUAGCUUGCACCAUGACUUCCACAACAAAUCAAAAGGACCAAAACAUGGAUCCCGUUCAAAAAGCAAUGGGAGCUAUCGGAUGGUGGCAUAUUUGGGUUUGUGGAGUUGUCUUCCUGUUGAAAUUCCCAGUGGCUUGGCAUCAAAUGGCCAUCAUCUUCCUAGCGCCACCAAUCGAUUCUAAAUGUGCUGUACCGGCAAACGCUUCAAUAUGUUCGGCCGAAUGCAAGCAGUACAGCUAUGACCGAAGGAUCUUCACUGAAACGAUAACCACGGAAUGGGAUUUAGUCUGUGAUAGUCAAUAUUUGGCGCAUUUAUCGCAAACUAUAUUUAUGCUGGGAAUUCUUCUGGGGAAUGUAUUGUUUGGAUCGUGGUCUGAUAAAUUUGGACGAAGGAAUCCACUAGUGGUUGCUGUAAUAAUUCAACUUAUUACAGGAGUGGGUUCUGCUUUUGCCCCAUGGUUUUGGCUGUUUUGUAUUUUGAAAUUCAUUACAGGAUUCGCAACUGGAGGAACUAUGGUUACCAGUUUCGUCUUGGUCAUGGAACUUAUCGGGGCUAAGUGGCGUGAACUUGUUUCAGUUCUGUAUCAGAUACCAUUCAACGUCGGACAUUUGACACUAGCUGCCUUCGGUUAUUACCUGCGUGACUGGCGUUGGUUCCAGUUUGGAAUCUCAAUUCCUUCAGUGGUCCUGAUCUCCUACUACUGGCUAGUGCCGGAGUCACCAAGAUGGCUUUUCACAACCGGACAAAUUGAAGAGUCUGCACAAGUUUUAAGAAAGGCUGCCAAACAAAACGGUCUACCUACGGAAAAUAUUGAAGUGGAGCUGGAAAAGGCUGCAGCUUUGAAGCAGAAAGAGAAUAUCGACAAAGUAGUUGAAAAGGGGAAUGCCUUGGACUUGGUACGGACAUCGAACAUGUGCAGCAAAACAGUCUUCAUUUGCUUCAACUGGCUGGUGUGUGGCUUAUAUUUCUUCGGAGUUGCACAGUACAUUGGUCAUAUUGGCGGCAAUAUAUUCUGGAAUGUGGCAAUCGGAGCUGGAUUGGAAAUUCCUGGAACUCUCAUCUGCAUCGUGAUGAUGAAAUAUUGGGGUCGCAAAAAGUCACUCAUUAUUUCCAACACAUUGAGUGGUAUCGCUAUGCUUGGCAUUGCUUUUGUAUCCGCCGAUGAUGAGUCGACUAUGAUAACCUUGUCGUCAAUUGGAAUCGUUGCAAUGAGUAUAUCCUUCCCGAAUGUCUACGUUUUUGCAGGAGAACUGUUCCCUACUGUGAUUCGAAAUGUUGGUGUUGGAAUUGCCUCAAUGAUCGCCAGGAUCGGAUCUAUGUUGGCACCAUUUGUUGUUGGGUUAGGAGCGGCAAAUCAUGCGUUGCCACCAAUAAUUUUCGGGGUUGUUCCGCUACUGGGGGCAAUUAUGGUCUUGUGGUUGCCUGAAACCAUGGGUCAACCCUUGCCUGAGACAAUUGAAGAUGCCGAAAACUUUGGAAAGAAGACAAAAGGUGUUAAAGAUAGAGUGUUGGCGAGCGGAGUGUAGUCUAGAUUGCUUUAUAGAUUCUAGUGCAAUUCUUUUUGUUUGGAAUAGAUACAAUAAGCUUUAGAUUCUCAUACACGAUAGGCGUAAGUGAAAAUUGUAUUGUGAUAAAUCAACGUAAAUUCAGUGAACUGCUUUCCAUAUGGAAAAUUUUUCAGAAUUUAUUUGAAUCUAUGUUUUUUGAUCGAUGACAUCUUAGAGUUUAGUUAUCUUGUAAGAAUCAGUUCUACUUUUAAGUUAUUGUAUUUCUAUAUUGUUGUUGUAAGUUAAACUGGGACAAUGCAAAGAAGUAAAUAUUUUUUUUAAAGUAGUA